AGCUCAUCCCACUCCACAACAGCUUCCAUAGCAUUUUCGAAACAACACAUCUUCUCCUACAAUCAACUUCUUUCAACUUUCUUCCAACAACCAAUCAACAUGGCGAACAAAUUCAUGAAAAUGCUGGAAAGAACAAACAUGAGCGAGCGGUCAGGCCGCACAAUAGAAGAUCUUGUAGAGUCCAACGACCAGCUUAGUGGUUGGGAUGCUAUGCAACUUCGAGGUUGGUCGCAACAGAACCCUACGGUGCCUAGUCGCGAUCUCACCGACCCGCUUGGUCAGGCUUUCCUUAGUGCAUUCAAGAAAGAAUUCGACGCGCCGAAAAACUACAUCGAAACCAUGAUCAAAGCACUUGGAGGUACUGAGGAAGCACGCAAGACUGUUAGAGACGAUGUUUACGCAAAGCGCUGGGGACCGACCAAGACGCCCGUCUACAACCUUUUGCUGCCCGCGCUUCACAUGCUACCGAACAACCAAGAGGAGAUUCUAGACAUUGCUCGCUACCUUGUGAAUGAUCUCAAGGUACCAGUCGAAGGCAAGGAUGCCCUCGGCUGCACCGCUCUCUUCUGGGCCAUAUCCACAAAACCCUAUGUCCAGCCGGAGUUUGCGCAAAUACUAUUCGACGCCGGGGCUUCUGUCAACACGAGGAGUCGCUUCGGCAACACUGCCGCAGCUGAGAUCAGUCAAGCAGAAGUCCAUGGAGAUACCACCAAGAACGUGCGAAUGAUGAGGUGGUACAUUGAGCACGGCGGCGACGUUGUAACCAAAGAUACGGAUGGCAUGAACCCCGAGACUAUUGUGGAAAUGAUGCGUGCAAAGGUACCGGGUAUGUACAAUGUUAUCCAGGCGGGGAGGGGGCCAAGGAAUGUAGAUCAAUGCCAGGUACUGUUCGACUUUGUGUCAAUCUGCGGAUUGGAAGAUGGGACAUAA